AUGCCCGCGCACGUAUCCGACCGUACAGCUAGAUAUAUCUUUUCGAGUUCACAGCCCGAUCAAAUUCUUCAGGACAACCAAGACGAUGACGCUGUUCGUAGACAAAAAGAGCGUUUGCACCAGAAGUUUGUAAAGAAGCUCGGAAGACCUGACAGUCUAGCCGAUAUCAGACGUCGCAAUCACUUCAUCGACGAAGACCAACCAGAAGGCGAUGAUGAUCCUGACGAGGAAGAAGAGGAGACACAAAAGCCCGCGAAAGGUAGGAAGGGUCCUGCGGCUCGCAAGUCUGCCAGCAAACUCACGCCUAUGGAGAAGCAAGUCGUGGACCUAAAGAUGAAACACAUGGACACCUUGUUGGUUGUCGAGGUGGGCUAUAAAUUCCGAUUCUUCGGUGAAGAUGCUCGCAUUGCUGCGAAAGAGUUGCAAAUCAUGUGUGUACCAGGAAAGAUGAGGUUUGACGAGCAUCCUUCAGAGGCACACCUUGACAAAUUUGCCGGAGCCAGCUUUCCUGUCCAUCGCUUGCACGUUCAUGUCAAGCGUCUGGUCUCGGCUGGACACAAGGUCGGAGUCGUUCGCCAGCUAGAGACCGCUGCACUGAAGAAGGUCGGCGAUAAUCGCAACACUCCCUUCGUCCGCAAACUCACAAACUUGUACACCAAGGGUACAUAUAUCGAUGACAUAGAAAAUUUGGAUGGCCCAACCGCUGCACCAGCCGGGGGCGCUCCUGCGACUGGCCAUCUUCUCUGCUUGACCGAGGCCAAUGCUGGUGGUUCUGGCACAGACGAGAAGGUGCAUCUCGGCAUCGUUGCUGUCCAGCCCACUACAGGCGAUAUAAUCUACGAUGACUUCUACGAUGGAUUCAUGCGAAGUGAGCUCGAAACUCGUCUGCUUCACAUCGCACCUUGCGAAUUUCUUAUCGUGGGUACUGUGUCCAAAGCAACAGAGAAGUUGGUCGAGCAUCUUUCGGGUAGCAGAACGAAUGUUUUUGGUGAUCGCGCACGUGUAGAACGCACUGAGAAGCCAAAGACCUUUGCAGCUCAGGCAUACUCUCACAUAUCAGACUUCUAUGCUGGCAAGAUGCAAUCGGAUGAGUCGUCAGAAGAGAAGACAGCCAUGCUCGAUAAAGUGCAUCAGUUAUCUGAACUUGUCACCAUGUGUCUUUCGGCCAUGAUAACUCAUCUGACUGAUUAUGGUCUCGAGCAUAUCUUCGAUUUGACCAAGAACUUCCAGUCGUUCAGCGCACGAUCUCACAUGCUACUGAACGGCAAUACACUCUCAUCGUUGGAGAUCUAUCGAAAUCAAACGGAUUACACAGAACGAGGCAGUCUGUUCUUUAUCCUAAAUCGGACAAAAACUCGUUUCGGUCAGCGCCUUCUACGCAAGUGGGUUGGUCGUCCACUGCUUGAUCAACAGCAGCUGCAGAAUCGAAUUGGUGCUGUGGAAGAGCUUUUAGACAGCGACCGAGCGAUUCCUACUGACCGAAUAAAGAAUCUCAUCGCUCAUGUAAGAGGCGACUUGGAAAAAUCGUUGAUCAGAAUCUACUACAAGAAAUGCGCGCGCCCUGAGUUGGUGUCUGUACUGCAAACUUUGCAGAUCAUCUCAAAUGAGUAUUCACACGUCAAGACUCCGGAGGACUCUGGCUUCAGGUCGCAAUUGCUUGCCGAAGCUAUCGCAUCCUUGCCAAUGAUAUCUGAAGAUGUCAUCUCUUAUCUCGAGAGAAUAGACCUCCAAGCAGCCAAGGACGACGACAAGUACUCUUUCUUCCGUGAUCAGUAUGAAACUGAGGAAAUCACAGACCACAAGGUCGGCAUAGCCUGUGUCGAACACGAUCUUGACGAACAUCGCGCCGAAGCCGCGAAGACUCUCAAGAAGAACGGCAAAAUCACCUAUGUGACUGUCUCUGGCAUCGAGUUCCUGAUCGAGAUCGAAAACAUCCAUCUUAAGAAUGUACCCGCUUCAUGGACCAAAAUCAGCGGAACCAAGAAAGUGUCUCGCUUCCAUACACCAGAAGUCGUCAAGCUGAUCCGCGAGCGUGAUCAACGUAAAGAAGCUCUUGCCAAUGCGUGUGAUCUCGCCUUUGCUGAGUUACUUUCUGAGAUCGGCUCUAGGUACCAGACUUUCCGUGAUUGCAUUCAGUCACUAGCAACUCUUGAUUGUCUACUCUCGUUGGCGGAUAUUGCAAGCCAGCCUGGCUAUACCAAGCCCGAGUUCAUUACCGACAGUGAUGAGGUCCGUCUCGAAAUCAAAGGAGGUCGUCAUCCGAUGGUUGAGCAAAUGCUUCUCGACUCGUAUGUGCCCAAUGAUAUCGAGUUGUCGUCUAAAGAGAGAGCUCUUCUCAUCACUGGUCCAAACAUGGGCGGCAAGUCAUCCUACGUCCGCUCGGUAGCUUUGAUCGGUAUCAUGGCACAGAUCGGAAGUUGGGUUCCCGCAUCGCACGCAAGACUCACUCCCCUCGAUGCUGUGUUUACCCGCAUGGGCGCAUUCGACAACAUGCUCAAAGGCGAGAGUACAUUCAUGGUCGAACUUUCCGAGACUUCGGACAUUCUCAAGCAAGCCACACCUAGAUCACUGAUCAUCUUGGAUGAACUUGGUCGCGGCACGAGUACUCAUGAUGGUGUGGCGAUUGCACAGGCAGUCUUGGACUAUGUGGUUCGAGAGACCAAAGCACUCACACUGUUCAUCACGCAUUACCAAGCACUUUCACGAAUGGCCGAACGCUAUGCAGCGAGGAAGCUCCGUAAUGUUCAUAUGCGCUUUACCGAGGAAGUCGCUGGUGACGAUCAUACGGAUAUCACUUUCCUGUAUGAAGUUGGCGAAGGCGUCGCACAUCGUAGUUAUGGCUUGAAUGUUGCAAGACUCGCUGGACUGCCGAAGGAUGUACUUGAUGUGGCAGCAGUCAAGAGUACACAGAUGGAAGAAGAGGCGAACCGACGGAAAAUGGCGCACUUGUCGCGAGUACUAUCUUCUACUCUAGAGGACGAGCAGCCUGCGAACCUUGAGCUACUUGUUGCUGGUCUGGACAUGAUGUAA